AUGCCCGAUGGCCGCCCCAAGAAGCUCCAGCGCGCCUCCCGCGCCUGUGAUUUCUGCCACAAGCGGAGCAUACGGUGCAAGCCCAGCGAGAGCGACGCCCAGCGCUGUCAGAACUGCGUCGACUUCGAUAUAAACUGCGCGUACACCCGACCCUGGCGCCGCGCCCGCGGCUCCAGUGCCGCUGUAAAACAGCCCGCCUCCACUGUUGCACAGAGCACCCCUUCCGACUCCCACCCCAGCCCGGCCCAGCCCCAUCAUGCCAUUCCGUCCUACGCGGCCCCGCCAAGUGUUGAUCCCACCCCGCGCAAGACUCCCGACCGCCACCUCGUCUCGUAUGCACCACGCGAUCCUCUUGGCGAAGCAUGGAAGUCCUUCGCCAUGGCCUGCGGGCCCUCGAUCCGCUCCCUGAUGGACAUCUACCACCAGAUUGUCUAUCCCAUCUUUCCUUUCUUCCACCGCGAGACGCUGCUCCGCAAUCUGCAGCAGCGCGAAUAUCUCAAUGACCGUGGCUACUUCGCCUGCAUCAUGGCUGCUUGCUCCAUAGUUGCAAGCAGAGCCCGCGAUGGCGCUCUCGCUCCCUGGAUUACCCGACGCGCCCAGCCUGAAGACAUUCCUGCUGAGAGCUUCUAUACCGCUGCCAAAGACGCCAUCCAGAAAGAUCUCCCCAACGCAAUGGGCCUGCAUUACCUCAGGGCCUGCGCCCUGGUUGCAAUUGCGAGCAUUCAGUUCGGCAAGAUAGACACCCUGCACGAGUACAAGGGACACUACUUUACCCUGUGUGCCAUUCAGCGUUUCUCUGACGAGGCUCAUUGGCCCAAGGACAUCACGUCCAUUGAGCGCGAGGAGAGACGCCGCUUGUUCUGGUCUACCUACACCCUUGAUGUUUACUCUUCCAUUGUGUGGAGUGGCCCUCUGUAUUCUUGCGAGUCACACUACCAUGUGCGCUAUCCCGCCGAGGCUGAUGGCGACCACCUUGAUCUGGCACCGCCUGGCCUCACUGACCCUUCCUGCUGGCUGCACGGUUGGAAUUUCACCACAGAUCUGUACCGCGUACUCGAGCACACCGUUAGCCGCUUACGAUCGCACCGUAAUGCCGGCGUAGCAUUACGCCCCGUACGCAUGUUCUUUACUCCUGAUGCCUUCUCUGGCCCGGGCGUCCUGCAAUCAGUCCUCGACAUGUAUUCACAGUUACAUCCUCACUUCAAGGAAAUACCUCCUGUGACUGGUGACUCUAGCAAGGACAUCUUCGGCUUCCAGGCCGCAAAUAUCCAGGCUACCAUGCAGCUAUUGCGCAUGGUCCUGUUCUCUGUCGAGGAGAAUGCAGAUGUCGAACAGAAAUGCAACGUCGCUGCUGAGCUUUUAUCAACCUUUCACCGUGUGCCUGUGCCAUACAUGAAAGCGAUUAGCACGCCCUUGAUCUACCACCUUGCGGGCAUAGGGACAAUCUUGGGCUCGGUCAUGGAGAGCCCUCUGUCUGAGGCGUCCUACCAACACGUUCGAAGUAUGCUGCUAUCUAUGGCCGAUCUCCUCGAAAGUCUGGAAUCGGGUCUCUAUCGUACCCAAGGCACCAGCCGAGGCCUGCGGUCGCAAGUGGACCGAAUCGACGAAUACAUGCGCAUGCAACGCAAUGCAAUGCCACAGACGCCAUUUCAAAAUACCAUUGCCGACCUCACAGUCACUGUGCCCACUCACCGUACCACCUUUAUGCCUCCCAACAGCAUGGACACAAUGUCGCAAUUCCAACUUCCUCCUGAACUGCUUGAAGACUGGCCGUGGCCCAGCGAUCUCUCUCAGCAGGAUUUUGGAAUUGUUCCGUUCGGCUUCGACUGA